AUUAACAUAGCCUUGCGAAGGAAAUCUUGGCGUAAGUGAAAUUUAGUACCUUGCAAAAAAAUUUAAUUAAUUAAUUUCGUUAUUUAUGUAAUAGUUUCUGCACGAGGAAUAUACUCUGUAAAGUAUUAAGUGACCCGGUGGAGUUCCAGAUCCCGAAACAGCGUAGCAAAGGAUACCAACACACAGCACAGCCAACGUGAUAACGUACAGCAACAUGAAGAAUAUACUGUGUUACCAACUUUAUAUGAUCUAUGUUUCAGUACUUCUGUUCAGUAAUAUACCUGUCGAAGGAUCAUAUAUUGACGAGUGUCUGAGGAAUCCGUGUCAGAAUGGAGCAACUUGUAGCAACAAACACGGGUACACGUGUACAUGUGCCGGAGGUUGGCAAGGAACAAAUUGCGACAUCGAUAUUGAUGAGUGCUUGAGCAAUCCGUGUCAGAAUGGAGCAACUUGUAACAACAAACAGAACGGGUACACGUGUACAUGUGCCGGAGGUUGGCAAGGGACAAAUUGCGACAUCGAUAUUGAUGAAUGCUUGAGCAAUCCAUGCCAGAAUGGAGCAACUUGUAACAACGAACAGAACGGGUACACGUGUACAUGUGCCGGAGGUUGGCAAGGAACAAAUUGCGACAUCGAUAUUGAUGAAUGCGCAAGUAAUCCCUGCAGGAAUGGUGGCACAUGUACAAAUGACCAGAAUCGUUUCACGUGUACUUGUGCGGCCGGAUGGACGGGCGUAGACUGUAAAACAGAUAUUGAUGAAUGCUUGAGCAAUCCGUGCCAGAAUGGAGCAACUUGUAACAACGAACAGAACGGGUACACGUGUAGAUGUGCCGGAGGUUGGCAAGGGACAAAUUGCGACAUCGAUAUUGAUGAAUGCGCGAGCAAUCCGUGCAUGAAUGGUGGCACAUGUUCAAAUAAUCAGAAUCAAUUCACGUGUGCGUGUAUGGCCGGAUGGACCGGCGAAAGGUGCACUACAGAUAUUGAUGAAUGCUUGAGCAAUCCAUGUCAGAAUGGAGCAACUUGUAACAACGAACAGAACGGGUACACGUGUACAUGUGCCGGACGUUGGGAAGGAACAAAUUGCGGGGUUCAAGUAGUUCAACCAGAUAUAGACGAAUGCGCUGAUGGUAUCGAUAACUGCUCUUCAAAUGCUAGAUGUGACAAUACUGCUGGCAGUUUCACGUGUACCUGCGAUUGGGGAUACAAGGGCAAUGGAUAUUCGUGUGUUUCACAGUUGGAAUACCUAUGUAAUCCCGACGAUAGUAUUAAUGUGUUCAAUCUACCAGACGACAGUUACCUAUUUGCCAUGCAAGUCGUCACGAACGGAAAUGACAUACUAUGUACAGUGCAUGACGAAAAUGCGACAACUGUGACGUUAACAGGAUGUUCAAAGAAUGAAGAAAUCAUUAUAACGUACGGGCCAUACAGUGAAAUAGCUACAUAUAAAUUACAUGGUGGUAAAACUGUGAUAGUAAAAUUCGUCUGUCUAGAGAUUGCCGAGCAAGGAGUUAUUCAUACAGUCAACAAUUCUUAUUCAGCACAAACACUACAACUUAGAAAAGUGAGCAGCUGUACAGCGUAUCCGGGCAUCGAUGAUUCAUCCGAGGAUUAUGUCAAUUUGAUCUCUAAUGGCGGGUAUGUCUAA